CGGACGGGACGUACCCGAAAACCCCGAAAACCGAUUUUUAGCACAAAUGAUAUUCAUGAUCUAUGAAUGUCAAAACGUCUAUAUCCAAAAUUUAGGCCCGAUCCGACGAGGUAGGAUUUCACUUCGAACCACAAAAGCUGAUAUUGUAAAGUACCUCAACUAAAAAAUUAUUUUCACAAAAAUGUUCGUGCGCAACCCAUAAAUUUUACUUCCUAAGCAAAAAGCUUCCCAAUAAAACUAAAUCCUGCAGCUAAGCAGGAUGAUGAUUGCAGAAGAUGUGCCAUGUUUUUAGUGCAGCGAAGUGUUGCAAGGAUAAGAAGUACAACAUUGGCUAUAAUGAUAGACGUUGAGUAGAGUGGAAUAGAGCAGAUAUACCACUAAAAGCAACUACGAGCGUUCUAUAUAGCGCUCAAAGGCGAUAGGCUGGGGAGGUGAUCGAACUCUUUUGAACCGAUCCGAUAUCCCCUUUUCGAUAUAACGCCAAAUACAGUAAAGUCUCCUCCUCGAUGCGCUGCCCAAAGUUUGAGGUUACCCUCCCGGUUCACCACUCCCUUGGCCAUCGGUAUCGCCCAAGAGGCACUUGCAACCAUAAAGAGAGGGAUGCGUGCGUUUGUAGUGCUCUCUCUCUCGCCUCCUCAGGGCGACGACUGCGACGACGACGUUGGUGUACCCCAAUGGGGUAGGGCUGUGGGUGGGCAGGCUAUUUUCGCAGUAGGGAUUAUUUCAUUUUCGGAAAGGGGACAGACGCGUUUUUUCUACGUCUGCCACUUCUGCAGUAUGCGGAAAAAUCAUUAGCAGAGAUGCUUUUUCGUCACAUCAUCUUCUUCGGCGGGGUGAAGUUCUUUUCACCAAUUUAAGGCGCCGAUGCACAUCCCAACCACCCCCAAUCUUUCUCUACCUCAACCUCCUCAGCCUUGGAAACUUCUUGCAAAAUGACAAUGUACAGUGGAAAAUUUUGUAAGACGUUGGUUUUGUUCAAAAGUAUCCCUCAAGGAUCCUAGGAAUCUUCCCCUAAUGGGUUAUGUACAAUUACGGCGCACAAUGAAAUUUAUUUUUGUAAAUUUUGAAAGAAAUUGCUUUUGGAAAAACUCAUUUUUAUUGACUUGGUUAUAAUGGUUUAACAAAAAAAAUUAACGUUACACACUACUGGAGUAGAAAUACCUUGUACUCAAAGUGAUAUUAAUAUCUCACGUAUUCCUUAUUUUAACUUGGUUCAUUUGGUUACAUUUUGUUUGUUGGGAUCUUUUCUUAUUUAAAUUGCUCCUAUUCCAAAACAUGAUAAGUGUACUUAACAUAGUUUCCCCAUUGAUAUAUGUGUUAUUCCUGACACUCUAUUCUAUAAAGUUAUAAGUGUUUUACUCAUCAGAUGUUUAGGUAAUGAAGUAAUUUAUAAUGCUCGAAUGCAAUAUAUAAUAUUGCGCAUUUGAUAUUACAGGGACACAACUUACUUUCAAGGAGUAUAAGUUUAUUUUUUCUUUAUUAAAUUCUUUACUUUUUAAGAAUGAGUAAGUCAGAAACUUAAUAAAAUCACUAAAAUCUUCACUGUUGUAGCCAAAAACAAUAUUGAAACAUGAUAACAUUUGUGGAAAGACUUUCGGUCCACUGAAACUGUGUCAGUCAAUCAAAUGGUGAACAUUAUAGCAGAAGUUGUGAUCCAAGUUCAAAUGCAGUGUGACAAUUUCCGCCUGUACGUGAUUUUCCCAGUCAUGUUAGAUACCUGAUGAAGAGGAAAUCCAUCCUCGAAUCCAUCUCCUAUUAUAACCACAAAAGAUCCAGGUUGGAAACGCGGUAGGAAGUUUUAAGUAGUAUAUUCGUCAGACCAAAGUCGGAAUCCGAUUUCUCAUACUGGUGAUUUUGAUUUUUGGCAGCGAUUUUUACCCCUUACUGUUCGUAUUCUAACACAUAAGGAUAGCCUUCACCGAUCUGAUCUACUAUAUCCACUAUAUCCGAUCGGUAAAGAAUUAAAAACCUCCUUAAGUGGUACAAUUAAAAAAAAGCUUACUAACAGCAGGGGCAAAGGCAACCGCAACUAUACAAUAUUAAUCUGGAAAUAUGUGAUUUUCUCUCAAAUCAGUUGCCGCACUGAGGACUAUAGAACACUAUGAGAACUAAACACUAAUACGUAAAACUUUGUGACUUGUUUAUUCCGGAAAGUUGCCAGAUGUGGAUUUGAAGGCAGGCAUUAUUAAAAUUCGAACCAACAAGAGUUACUUUCCGAUCCAAAAGGUAUCUACAUGGAGAAAAGUACUUUCUCUUCGAACGUUUAUACCUUCGAAUAAUGUGAAUUUCUUUUGUUUUUAAUAAGAGAUUUACACUAAAUUAUCACGGAAUUAUCAAAAAUAUUGAUGAUCAGCCAUUUAAUAAAAAUGUAUAAGUCUCUCAGGAAAACUAAAAGAAAAUUAAUAUUAUUGAAGGCAUGAACGUUCGAAGGGAGAGUACUUUCCCCUAAAUGUUAUUUCCAAUUAACCUUCAAAACUCACAGUAAAUGAUUCAUUCGUAAAAUAAAUUCAACUACGAAUAAUCACACGAAUCAUAUACAAUAUUAAAAUUAUAGUUUGGAAUUGGCUCAGGAUUUUUUGUCUCAGUAUCUAGGAAUUUAGGGAUAGAUUUCCUAUUUUUAGAGGAAUGAAAUUUUUGAUUUGAAAUAAAAUUUAAAAAAAUAAUAUUCGAAAAUUGGAACAUGACUUUAGUUUGAUUUUUUGUCCUUUUGUUGGAGAAUUUGAAAUCAAAAGCUAACGCAUUACUGAUUUCAACCCAUUUCCUAAUUACUGCUCAAACUCAAAGAGAGAGCAGUCAUAUAAUCGACUUUUUUGUGACACGGCUAGAGGCAAAAUGGUAAAUGAUAUCGACUUUUGACCUUUGACUCCAAUACCAUGAUUUUCUUGUAUAUAUCAAAAACAGCUCCUACGAUUUCUCUCAUUUUCGUAUAUGUUUUAGAGGUAGUCUAUGCGAAUAUUUCGUCCUUGGACAUCUACAUUCGAAAACCAUUUCGAUACAGAAUUUUCGAAAAUCAAAGUUUAACCACUUUGGAGGGCCUAUUUUUCAACCGAUUUGCUUAAAUUUAGAUUUUUUGAAAGAUCUUGAAAUUUCCAACCCGACUGCAUCGGAUUUAAUCGGUCAUGAGUCACUAUAGUACCCUAAUUGAUGAAUCUUUCUCAAAAAAUGUUCAAAAAUAUUUUUUUAUUUGUUUGAAAGCUUGUGACACAGCUAGAGGCUAAACGAUAAGAGAUAUCAACUUCCUUAUUUCUUAUAAGGAAGUUGAUCAAUCAAUUUAAUCGGUAGUAAAGCGAUAUGUAUCUAAAAAGCAUGCGAAAAAUAAUACACAGAUAGUUCUUUUUUGUGAGUUUUUUCAACAACUCUUUUGUGAUAUGAACAACUUUUUCAUAUGCCAUUAGACUAAAUUUUUUCGAAGUCGACUAACUACUUUCGUUUAUUUCUUUACUGGCUUUUCUGAAAACAAUAUAUAAGACGCCCCGUCUGACUAAGUUUAGCGUUAAUUAAAGCCUAAAUUAUUCCGUAUCUUUCCUACCUUACUUUUAAUAAACUUCCAUUGAAAAUACCCCUUAGAAAAUAUACGUGAAUGACACUGUUUUGCAUUCGUAGCGGUGAGCAUUGGAACUCCGAAAAUUAUAUUGCCGACCGUAUUGCUCAGUUGUCACUGACAAGAUGAAAUAUUUUCCAAUUACCGAAUUAUUUGUUUUUAAAACUUAUACAAAGAUUCUCAGAGAUUUUAGUAUUUUAUCAAAAACAAUAAAUAUGCGUCGGUGCGUUUCGAUAGAGAUAAGUGUACUGAUAACAAUAAACAAAUUGCAAAUGAAAUCAGGGGUUUGCAGAAUCUUUGUUUUUUUUCAUUUUGUUUUUCACACUUUUGUUUUUCCCGGUUUGUCUUUGGAAUCUUUGUCUUCGGUAGUUUUUGUUUUUUGGAAACUUUGUCUUUGGAAAAUUGUCUUUCAUUUAUUUUAAACGAGUAUAUUUUAUUAAAUGAAAUAAUGAAAUCACAUUGGUUUUUUUUAAGUUUUUAGUUUCGUCCUUCAGGGCAAAGGGAAGUUUUCUGUGUUUUGGGAAGUUAUUAGUUUAGUCCUUUGGACCAAAGGGAAAUUUUCUGAGAAAAGGGAACUUUUUGGAAAGUUAUAAAAUAUACUUGUGCAAAAUGUGUUACAGACAAAAUUUACGAAAAUUGUUCAAAAUGUAUGAAAGACGAGAUUUCCAAAGACAAAGUUUCCAAAAGACAAAAAUUACCGAAGACAAAGAUUCCAAAGAAAAAACUGGGAAAAACAAAAGUGUAAAAGACAAAAUAGAAAAAACGAUGAUUCCCGAUCUCGAAAUCAGUGCGUUUGACAGUUUCAUUCGUCCGCCAUUGAUGUACGUAAUAAAAUCCAGCCAUUAAUUAGGGCUUACCAUUCAGAUAUUACCAAUAAGGCCUAAAAUAGUGCCUAAAGCUGGGUGUUAAUUAAAACCUUAACGUAGAGUCCUCUUUACCCUGCGUAAGACGGGGGUUUUAUUAUUUUAGCUUCAAGCAGUUUUCCUAAAACGUUAUAAUUCUUUUAAUUCAAGCAGUAUUAAGUGGAACUGUCGGUAUAUUUCGUGAUUUUCUUUAUGAAAUAUUUUGUAAAACGAGAAUGUUGUUAUCGAAUGUCUUUCUUACUUUAAUAAUAUACUCAGUAGACCUAUUACUUUUUUAAACCAUUAAGGUUUUAUAUUCAUUUUCAUUGACAAAGUUGAGUAGAACUUAUGACCGCCUCGAAAAAACCUUUACAAUGUCACAAAGUAAUUUCGAAAAACAUUUUGAAACAAAUUUUUUGGUUUUCGGAAUCAUUUACUAAAAAAAAAUUGCAAACGAGGCUAUAAGGGCCAUAAGUAAGGACAGGUUACAAGUAAUGCCACCACCCUAAACGUUUUCUUGUUAUGCUAAGUACAUGCAGCCCCUUAAAAAAAAACAUUGGCUUGAAUACAAUAGUUAUGAGUACUUUACAGAAAUUACAGAAUUUUCAAGACUAUCAACUUAGUAUUGAAUUUACCAAGACCGCAAGAAAAAAACCAAAAGAAAAACAAAAUAAAGUUGCUAAAGAAGAAAAUACAGAUUUUUGUGCUCAAUUUUCUCUUAAACUAAUAAGUUAACUCAAAACUCUGAAGUAUUUCUUAGUUAUUGGGUAUACAUGGAUACUUUUAAAUUGUAAUUCAGAUUUCUGAGCAUUCAAUUUUUUUUUAAGUAUUUCACAACAAUAAUUGCUGCACUUUGGAAAUGAUCCCGGCUGACAUAGUGCAACGAACAACAAGUUGUGGAACCACUUACGAACCACUUACUUAUGGCUAGCUGUAGAAGUUGUUGGCGAUUUUGUCAAGAUAAUAAAUUUUAUUAAUUAUUUCUAAAAAAAAAAUGCAAAUAGGGGAAGGUGACCAACCUUUGAAUGCGGCAGUCUUUGAAUAUUUCAAUUUUUCUCUUAUUUUUCAAAGCGGAAAUCCUAUUCUCUAAACUAUAGUCAAUACAACUACUCGUAACUCGUAACUUUGCUUUGAGAAGGAAAAGAAAAAAAAAUGUUCAAAGGCUGUCGCAUUCAAAGGCAGACCACUUUCCCCUAAUAUGAAAUUUUUUAUUAAUCUAUUUUCUCUAUAAGGAUAGAUGUUUAAUAAUAAUAAUGCUGGCACAACAUUCCAUGAAGGAACAAGGCCUUCCUGUAAAGGGAUUUCUAGACACACAUUAUUAUUUUUUCGUGUACGGGAUGAAGUUGUCAGUCCCAUUUCCGUGGAAUCAAGUGCAAAGUUCACUGGAUGCAUUCCGAACACCUUUAACGCCAGAAAAAUUCCUGGUGACCUAAAGGGGAUUCGAACCUGGGACACUUGCAUCAUAGACCGAGUGCUCUACCACUUGACCCAUUUAGUGCCAAGGAUAGGUGUUUACUUAUCGCAAAUGGUACCAAUUAGGCAGGGGCCCAUCAAGCCUAAUAAAAAGUGAAGCUAUUUUUCACUUCUCCUUGUAAAAAUUUUGCAUCUGUUGCACCGCAACUUAAACAAAUUUGCUCGUAGUUCUUGUAUAAAUUUGGCGAACAUUAUGAAAUAUGUAUUUUUAGAUAGCGUUUAAUGUACGAUUUCGAAAUAUAUCAGACUGAUAAGUCAAUUCUCUUUAGGAAAAAACUUGCCAAUAGUCUUCAAUGCCUCUCUAUGCAAAACCGUAUGGAAAAAUUAAACGUCGAGAGGCUCCUGCAAUAGGUGUUCCUUAGACCCUAUCUUUAGCAUUUUUGUGGAAUUUUAGUGAUAUCACGUGCGGGAAUAAGAUAUAAAAAGUUAAUUGUUUCAUUUUAAGCGGAAUUUCGUGAAAUACUAUCAGUGUUGGUUUGUAUACAAUUGCAUUCCUGUAUUAUCGUUAGAAUUUCUACGAAUUCUGUGGUUUUUCGCAAGGAAGGACCAAAAGUGAAAAUUUGAAACACCUCCCCCAGUGCAAAAGGGUAACGAUGAUAUUGGGGUUUCUGAGUAAUUGGAAGAGAUAGAUAUAGCAGGAGCAAACAGAAGCGCAACCAGUAGUCGGUUGCAACUUCAUUUGGAUGUGUUACAAUUCGUUACUCUGUGUUUGGGGAAAGAUAUAUCCAUUGAAAAGUUUGUGGCUAUGUGGAAUUGUGCAGAAGUUUUGUACUGUGGAGGUUUCCCCGUUGUCCUGUGGGGAUGGCGCCACCCUCAUCCUACCAUACCCUUGUACAUACUGAUUUUGAUAAUGCCGUUCACCAUGAUUUCCAUGAUGUUAAUGAUGAUGUGGAUGCUUACGACAAGUGCAGCGGCAUGCUGUUGAAUCACCGCUCUAACCAUUGGGAGGGUGAAUGAGAAAGAUACAGGAGAGUGGAUCAACAAGUAGUGAAAUUGUUUAGCAUCAUGAUAGUUUUCAGAGAAUUGCACUGACUCUGUACACAUGUAGAUAAUCGCACCCUACACCAGUUAUACAAAUAGCGCAUUCGUCGAUUUUCAUUUCGCUGGAAAUCACGAUUGACACAAUUGUUUUUGGUUGGAAGUUUCGCAUUUCGGGGAACUUUCAACUGAACUAAUCAACAUUUGCUGCAGUUUUUUUUUCGCUGUGGCAGAAUUGGUUGAGUUGAGCUGGUCAGUUUUUGGGAAAGAGAGAACAAUAUAUAAAAAAAAAGUUGAUUGUUUUGGAAUAUGGUCGAUGGUUGGUGCAAAAACAUCGCAAAAAUUCCUUUCUUAUCUCAAAUCUAUCGCCACCUUCCUUUGGGCGUUUGAAUGGUGGAAGACAUAAUGUAUUGGACGAAAAAAAAAGCAGCGACGAAUGAGACGAAACGAAAUAUGAAAUUUUUUCCUCUUGCGCGCACUUCUGGAAUAUUCUGCAGUGACUUGUGAAUAUUAAAUUUAUUUCCCCCAUGAUAGAAGAGGAGCGGGGUGGAGGGGGGGUUAGGUUCUCAAAAGAGUGUGGCUCUGAGAAUGAAGAAAAUCUUUCACACACUAGCGAAAAAUGGUCACUCACACUUUCUAUCCCCCUUUUUAGAACAUCUCUCAUCCAUCGCGAAAUGCAAUACAGUGGCAGUACCAGCGCGAAAAAAAAAGCACGUCACCAGCAAUUGCACAUUUUCAGUACUCUCCGAUGAUGAUCGACACAGCGACAACACCAACGACACCAAAUGAUGAUGAUGAUAAGGAAAAUCUCUCAACUAUAGCUAUCCUACUCUGUAAUUACACACGGCGACGACGCGAUGCAUUGUCACUUUCCAUUCACAUACACUCACACAUUGCGAAUUUUCCCAUUCCAUCUUCAAAACGCAUACAUUGAUAGGUGCAAUCGAUGCACUUCCACUUACUUCACUUGCAAUUGCAGCUUGUGCAAUUAUGUGCGCAAACGUAUACGAUUGUCUCACUCUGUGCGAAGAAGGCCCCUCCGCGCUGAUGUGGUUGGUACACUGGGAAAAAGAUUCUAUAUGUCACAAAUUCUCAAGUGGAUGCAAUUUUUCUUGCCAUAAGUACUAUCUGGAAAAUUCGUCGCCCAAAAAGAAAAAUGUCUUCAAUUUGAUAUAUCGACUUUUUUUUAGUGCUUCAAAAGCAAGUAUCUCAUGUGUUCCAGGAAGAAAAUUCCAAAUCCCUUGAGGAUAUGGUUCUUUUUUGUUGUCCUCCCUGUGGAGUAGCCCAAAAGUCCAAUCCUGAAUGGGUGUUUAUCCCUUUUAUGCAGGGUUAUGGACUCUCGAGGCUACUCAACAUUGUCCGUCCUGCUCUUAUUGUGCGCGAGUAUAUGUGCAAAAGCUGGGUAGUCAAGAGUUGGGGAAAAAGAUGCAUUUUGGUAUUGUGUAUGGUGUUUGUAGCCACUACAGGCAUAUGUUGGGAAAAGUUGCCGAUGUAUUGUGAGCCCGAUUGGUGGCUGUAGACGUAGUUAUACACACUUUUAUAUGAUUUUCGCUCCGAAUUGAAUGUCGAUGCGAUAUAUUUUCAGUCGCAUAAACGCAACGCACCGAUAUGCAACGGGACGUUUUUCGGGACGCGCCCCGAAUCAAUCCGAGUGCGUCCGAACGUGUCCGAAGAGAUUUUAACAUACCGCCGGGCCAUAGUUUUGCGUGAUUUGAAAUUUUGAAAACAACAUAUAGCAAAAAAUAAGAAAAACAAAUUUUGACCAACUGUUUUUGAGUUCUUUUCCGGCUAGUCCCAGAGGUGUUGACACAUUGUACUACAGCUCAUUCAAUGGAAAUCUUGAUGGGAAAAUGAAGGAGGGAAAACUUAAUUGAUAAAAGAAGUAAAAAUCUUUAAAAUUGUUAUCAGUGCGUGAACGAAAUAAAAGUUGAAGUUUGCGGUGGUGAUCGCUGAGAGAUCUCUUCAGCAAUUAAUGCAAAAAAAAUAUAAUAAUACUUAAUGCGAAGGCGAAAAAAAUAAGAGAAUCGCAUAAGAAGCUUGUACAAAUUAUAUAUUCACUGUAUUUACACAAGAGAAGGAGGAAUAUCCAGCACAAAAAUUGUGAACGUUGCAGCGCAGUUGUGAUCGAGUAAGACAGCCCAAGAUCGAUCGGUCGAUUCUCGAUCAAUAUCAACAGAAAUUGCAGCAGCACCAACGGCGGCUCUCAAGCCAACGACGAACGACGGCGAUUAAUUCCAAGUGCCCAAGGUUUACCAGUUCAUGGAUAUCCAUGACGUGCAACGUUUAGAACGAGUCGCUGAAGAAUUGAUGGGACGCAGGAAAUGGAAACUGUACCAAGAAGUUCUUGCCCAAUCACAUAUAAAUACAAAUUCAACAAGUUUAGUGCAAAACAAUACAUCAACAGAUUCUCCGAAUCAAAACAACGGAAAGCAGGAGCAAGUAGAGAAGGAUUCAACACUGGGAUCCCAAACGCAAUCCAACUUGGAGAACCAUUCCAAAGAAAUAGGGGACAGCACGGAAAAUACCCAAAUCAAAGAACCCAGCACAAGUCAAGACGAAGCAGAGAAUCAUCAGGCUCAAUUUGCCAGGAGCGACAGCAUAGCAGAUACCGAGGUGAAGAAAUCAGAAAGCAACUCAAGUGAUAUCAAAGGCAUCACAGUCAAAUCGGACGAGGAAUUGCUGGACACGAGACCGCCAAAGCCGGUGGAUUGGCGGCCUCAGGACAAGUGUUAUUUCUGUGUGGACGGCAAACUGCUCGCAGUGAACGAACGCGGAGAACUUGUGGCUGAGUCCGGCCCGGUUAACGCCGAGCCAGAUCUCGCCAACACGACACCCCUCGACUCAGACAGUGAUACUAGCGAGAGCUGCUCCGAGGCUGAAGUACAAAAUCCUGCGGCUGCUUUUGCAGCAGCUACGCAAAAAUCGGUGGCCGCUCUAUUGCGAGGUUCCGUACCUCCAAAUAUGACUUCUUUGGAGUCUAUGGCCGCCCAAUUUGCAGCAGUUGCAUCUCUACAGGGGCUACCUACGGGGCUAGCUCCAUUUUACCCAGGGCUUUCAGGACUGUGGUACCAACAAUUUUCGCAGCAGGUGCCCCAUGCAAGCUCAUCGGGAAACUCAGGAGAGAUGCUAGCUUCAGGAUCGUCCACAAGUGGUGCUACAACGAGUCCCACGAUAAAACCCUCAUCUAGCCCCAGUGAGACGAUCACAAAUAGCGAGCAGCCGUUAGACUUAAGUGCAAAAUCAUCACUGUCGUCCUCGACGGCCCUGGAUCCCAAGCACAUUUUCAAAGCUAAACCUCGAAUGUCUGCUGUGGCAGGUCGGCGAACUUACACAGAGGACGAAUUACAAAAUGCUUUACAGGAUAUCUUAAGUGGUAAGUUGGGAACACGGAGGGCUGCGGUCCUCUAUGGCAUUCCGAGGUCAACACUUCGGAACAAAGUAUACAAGUUGGCAAUGGAACAAAAAAGAGAGGCUAAUAUACAUCCACUGGUAGCUCCAGUGCUAGAUUUGGAAGAUGAGGACAAGGACUUGUCGGGAGGUGAGGAUGAGAAGGAGGUGGAAAAGGCAUUGAGUUCUCUGCCAUCGACUCAGGAGGAGUUGCUACGUCUGUCAUCGACGCAAUCCUUGGCAGCGGCCACAAUGCAGAAAUACGGCAAACUGUACGAUAGUGCAUCGAGUUCCAAGAAUACGGACAUGCCGAGUGAGAUCAAUAAAACACCUCAGACACCAACAACGCCUCAAAUGGGUCUACCAACGGCACCAUGGCUGGAUCCACAUGUUCUGCUGCAGAGUUUGCUUCUAUCGGGAGGACUUGGUGCCCUGCCUGGUCUUCUGCAGAUGAAGUCAGAAGAUGGGCCAAAUGCUGGGGUUUUGCCAGAACUCUUGCGGGCCUUGGUGCUGCAGCAACAGGAGCUGCUGAUGAAGAAGCAAAUGGAGAGCUCAAGUCAAGCCACCAGUGAUCAUUUGAACAAUGGUAAACCACCAGUUCCCGAUCCGCGACUCCUAAUGCAGAACCUACCCCUAUCGCAAGCCCAUCAACCUACAAGUCCUUACUUAAAUCGCACUGGAAAGACCGAAACACCCGAAUCGGCCCUCCCAAGUGCAGCCAGUGCAAAUGAUAAUGUAGAUGACUCUGCUGUGAUAUUGAAAAUUCCGUCCUUCAAACCUGUAGCCGGCUCCUCUACGCCAAUCACCAGCAUAGGCAAGAAUGGAGAUAGCACGCCUCAGUCUCAGACAGCUGCCACCACACCAAUCCACUCAAGGAGCCCACAGCAGAGCCAUCUCGGGAUAUCGCCACCACUGAUGCGCCAGAGUAGUGAGUCCCAGUCACCGCCAAUGGCCACCAAGGGUACCCUGUCCCUACGUGACGUCAUUGCGCAGAGCAUCAGUAAAAACUUCCAGCAGCACAUGUCACAUGAACAACAGGGCCCACCAUCCAUGCUCAAACAGACUGACCAUGGGGAUAUGGGACCGUCACCGGAUCAGUACAAGAGGCCCAGUAUUUCGGUGAUUAAGAGUUUGGGCGGGGAUAUGAGUCGUUUUGGAGGUGGGGCCAGUCUCAUGGCAAAUAGUGCGGCAGCACAAUCAGCUACGGGCACUGGUGGUAAGGGUACCCGACCCAAGAGGGGCAAGUAUCGCAACUACGAUCGCGAUAGCUUGGUUGAGGCUGUGAAGGCGGUUCAACGGGGCGAGAUGUCCGUUCAUCGGGCUGGUAGCUACUAUGGCGUGCCACAUUCCACCCUUGAGUACAAAGUCAAGGAGCGACACCUUAUGCGUCCACGGAAGCGCGAACCUAAGCCACAGCCUCUGGAUGAACGUGGUUUGAGCGGUGGUUCGGUGUCAAAUACAAAGUCUUCAGACAUUCCAAGUGCAAAUAUGCGUGGGGGUGUCGAUAAGAGUAAAGUCCUUCCAACAACAAAGCCACCCCUGAAGACACCACCAUUCACCGGAUCACCGAAUGGACUUAAAAUGCCAUUUAUGGAUCCAGCAAUGGCUGCCCAAUUUCAAUAUACCUCACACCUCUUCUGGCCACAUCCAACUAACUUUAGUGGUCUGCCGAUGGACUUCACACGGACUCCUGGUCCCUCAUCAUUCCCACCGAAUGCAGCUGACAAUUUUUAUGCAUCACACAUUAUACAAAGAAUUCAGGAGCAAUCUGUCCGACACCAAAAUGUUAGCGGAUCUGUUACGGCCAGUAGUUCUUCGACACCCAGUAUCAGCUCCAAGAAUAUCCUCACCACUGCAGCUGCGGCCAGUGGACCCAAGACGGCACGUGAAUUAACGGAGAGUUUGUAUGAUGGUGCCAAUGGGUCCUUUUUGGAUGGUAUCAUACGUCAUAGUCUGGACCGGAAACACAGUGAGAUGCCCCAUGGAGCCCUGUUAGAUCAUCUAGUGAAAAAUAGUUUACCAAGUACAUCUAUGAGUGAUGAAGGUGGUGGUAUUUCGGUGAAACGAAGUGCAAGUCCUGCCUCAUUUGCCCAUGAAGUUAAGAAGGAGCGAAAGAGUCCUCUGUCACUUGUGAGUGGUGCUGGUAGUUCAAUUCAGGAUAAAGAGCAUUCCCCCCUUUUUACUGAUAUGUCGAAAGAAUCUGUUGAUAAUCUACUGAAAUUGCGGGAAGGACUCUCACUUCGGCGAAGUUCCACCGAAGAUCACAAUGGUAGUACGACGUCAACGGACGAAAAACUCAAAAUAUUGUCGUCUGAGAAUGAGGAUAGUUCGUAGAAUUGGUCUUUGGAUCGAUACCCUUGCAUACAGCGUAUUUAAAAAAAACAAUGGCAACAUCUUACAUUCUUCGGUGUGACUCAAGAUUUAUUAAAAAAAAAAAAAAGAAAAAUUCACAAUAAGCUAAAUAAAAUAGUGAAGGAAAAGAAACAGAAAACAAGAAAUUAAUAGUAAGAACAUUAUUCACAUAUAUAGGUAUAUAUUUUCGUAUACGUUAGCUGAUAAGACGUACAAGUGUUGACUUAAGAGGAAUAUUUUAUAUUUAUAGUAACAUAUAUUUUCUUUCGUUCUGACAAUCGACACAUAGGCCCCUUCUGAAGAAUAAAAGAAAAAUAAAACAAAAAAAUACAAAAAAUAACAAAUAAAACCCAUAAAAUCAAAGAUCUUUUAAUAGAGAGUGAAAACAAAAGUAACAAGAGGAAUAAACAAAAAGUGAAACCAUCAGUAACAAAAAAAUAAAAACAAUAAAUUGAAAAAAAAUAAACCGACAAAUAACCUUACAAGAAACAGCGUUGAAUCAAACAUAAUCACAAAAAAAGAGGAGGGUGGAUUUUUGCCAAUCUCAUGACAACAUUUAUGUCUUUACAACUCUUCAACACUCCAUAGCCCAACAACGGAUAACAAAACAAAAAAUCAUUAAGAAUCUUCGAAACAUCUCCCAAUGAUUGAGUGUAAAACAAAUUUAUGCGAAGGAUCUUUUUUUUGUAAUUUUAUUUUCAGGAAAUGUGCAACUUGAUUUUUUCCUAUCAACUCUUUUUUUUUGUAAAUCCUGAUCAUGAGAUCGUUUUUUUUUAUUAUUAUACAUUAUAUGUGUAAUUAUGUGAUUUUUAUAAAUAAUUAAUUAGAUUGUCUAGUAUUUUUGCAACAUUUGGCCAUGUAAUCUGUUGACUUGAUAUGCGAUUUACAAGACACUCGCAUGAUUUUAUCGUUACGAACUUUUAGGGCAAGUAACAAGUCUUUUUUUUUAUCAAUUAAAUCUUUAAACUUUUUUUUACGGAAUAUCCUUGAGAAAUAAAGAAAAAAAACCUGAACGUCUGGAUAACACAAAAUUUAAAAAUAUUUGAAAAACAAGUAACGUAAAGUAAAUAUUAACUAAAAAUAAAUAAAAAUAAAAAUUUGGUGUUCAAAAUUUAUCAAAAAAAAAACAAGAAAUAAAAGUAUAUUACAUAUUAACGUAAUCAAUGCAUUCCAAUAUACACAUUUAUAUGUUUGACGUUUACUAUAUUUAUGCAAAAAAAAUACACAUUUGAUGUUGAAAACAUAUUUAGCAAACAAAAAAAAGUCAAGAAAAGUGAAGAAAAACUGAUUGUAAGAAUAAUCUCUAAAAAAAAUAUAAAUGUUCGCAUAAAAGUCAUGGAAUAUUUAGCAAAAAAAAAUGAUCACUAAAAAAAUUGUCAAGGAAAAUCGCAUUUACUAUUUUAAACACUAAAUUAAAAUUAUCAAAAAAAAAGACAACUUACACUUUACUAUCCAUACAUUUAAAUAUAUGUGUGUGUCUUCACGUCGCGUAUACCUCAAAAAUAUUUUUAUUAAAUAUUUAGUGUAAAAAAUCAAAAUCUUAAAAUUAUAUGUAUACAUAAACAAUUUUAUUAAAAGAAAAAAAACAACCAACAAAUAAAAUUAUUCAUUUAUCACUACUGGUAAUAUACAUUUUGAACACAAGAAAAAAAAAUUAUAAAUUUUGCUAUAUUCGUGUUGAAUGUAAAAUGCAGAAAAAAAAAUUACUCUUCUACCUUUAUCUAAUUGCAUAAACUUAUCACAAUUUUACAUUCAAAAUGAAGAAAAAAAAUUUCCCCCCAAUUUUUAAAAACAAAAAAUAAAAUAAAUAAAAAUCAACACAUUCAAUGGAUGAUAUUUUGAAAAAAUAAAAAAUAAAAAAAAGAUGGAGUGUCAAAAAAAAUCUUGGAAAUAGAUUAGCGAAAAGAAAAUUUAUAAAAAUAUUAUACACUAUCUGUGAUUUUUAAUCCAAAAUUUUGAUGUAUAUUUUCUCAAAAAAAAAGAAGAAAAAAAUGAAGAUGAAUUAAAUGAUAAAGAGAUAAGCAAAAGAAAUGGGCAAAACUGUUUGGGCGCGCGCAGACGUUUGAAAUUUAAAAAAUAUUUAAAAAAAAAAUGUCUGAUGAAUUUAAAAGACUUCAAAAUCUUAUCUAUUAUCACAAAUUUCUUUCAUAUUUUUUAUGUUUAGAAACAUACCGAUAUAUUUUUGAAAAUAUUUUUGCUAUAUAGUAUUUCUAUCAGACACAAAAAGGAAGUUUUUCUAUAUUCUUUCUAAAAAAAAAACCAACAAACAAAAAGUAAAAUUUCAAAACAGAUGCAUAGAGAGGAAAAAAAAUGAUCAAAACAGUUUUUUCUAAAGUUUUCUUAUAUAUAUUUAAAAAAAAAGAGAAAGAUAAUAUGAGAAAUGAAACUUGAGGAAUGAAAGAAAACAAAAAAACAAAAUUUUAUGUAUUGAAAACAAGUAUAACAAUAAAAUUUUUUAGUUUAAAAACAAAGAAAAAAAAAGAAAAUUAAAGUGCAAUUAGAACGAUUUAACGCUAACAUAUUCGUUAAAAGAAAAAAAAUAUUUAAAAAAUGAAAAAUGAAAAAAUAGGGAAGACAUAAUUAUUCUAUUUACAUUAUUAAAUAGGUAAAAGAAAAAAAAGAUGAAAAAAAAUAUUAGCAGUUGUAAGUUAGAAAAAUAUACUUUAAAAAAGAAGUGAAAGAUUUUUUAAAGGAAAUCAAAACCCAAGAAACAACAAACAAAAAAAAGAAAGAAACAAAAUCACCUUUGGGGUAUGUGUUUUAUAUUCGGAGAGAAAUAAGAUUGACUACCUAAAAAACAUGAAGAAAAUAAAAUUCACAAAAAAUGAAACAAAUUUUAUCAAACUUUAUAGGUCCAGUUGAUAUAAUUAGUGCAAUUGAGUUCUUUUUAUAGAGAAAGAGUUUUUUUUUUAAAGAAAUUGAAUUUAUAUUUAUUUUUUUUCUAUAUUACGUUUGUUUUAUCAAUUAUUUUUUUCCAGAACAUGUUUUCUGCAAAUUGAUUUUUAAUUUGUUCUCUUCCAACUAUGCAAAGAGUUUUUUUCUCCGUUUUACUUAUAUUUACUUCUUUCUGUAAUUGCGCUUGUUUUUUGGAUACCCUGGCACUAAAGUUUUUAGACAUAUCAGAUUAACUGUGACACAAAAUGCUAAAGAAAAGGUCAAAAAGAUUUUCCGUUACGAUUAUCUUUCAUUUUACUUUUGCUGUUACUGCUUUUUUGAAUUUUUUUCAAAAAAAUUGGUUUAAGAACUAAUAAUUUGGUUUUUAAGCACAGUUCGUUAAACGUAAAAACUGUUCUUGUUUUGUUUUCGGAUGAAACGAAAUAAAGAUGGUCAUGAAAUUACCCCAAGAACUUAGAACUACAUUUUUUUAUUCGGAAAAAAUUGCUAAUAUUGCUGGAAAUGGGAUUAAAAAAAAAUAAAAAAAACAGAGUUACAGAUGAGAAAAUAGAAACACAUACAAGUUUUCAAGAUCAAAUGAAGAAGCUGCAAACUACAUAACCACAACCCUCCCUCAGAUAUUCUACGCCGACAGUCGAUUGUUAAACCGAAACCAAACAUAAAAUAUUUAAACAGACAAAAAAUACACUGAAAUAGAACCGGUAAGAAAAUUGGUUUUUAUGCCAAUUUUCUUAAAUAAUACACCAUACACACAAACUUUUUUGUUUUACAGUAAAUAACCCUUAAUAGUAAUAUUCUUAAAUUAUAGAACCACACAACAACACACAACUUUUUCCGUUUCUCCAUAUUGAUAUUGAGAUUUGCUAUGAAACAUAAUCACAAACACAAUCAUACAUACAUAACUUAUUUAAUCUAUAUAGAACACAACACAUGAGUAAAAAAAAAGAAAAAUCACACAGAAAAUAGCAAAAUAAAAUGAAAGUUUUCAAUUUUUAGCUGGUGAAUAAAUAGGUAAUUAAUUUAAAGGACAACCAAAACACGCGUUCAUUUUCUUUUCAUAAAAAUGCAUUUCACAACAAAGAAAAAAAAAGAAUGAUAUAAAAUUAAAAAAAAAAAAGCAGACGGUAAACCCAGUGAGAACAGUAUGAAAAGAUUUUUUAAAUUCCACAGAACGACAUUUAGAAAAAAAGAGUAAUGUAUGUAGGAUAACUAUUAAAUCAAUAAAAUAAAAGAGAAAAAAAAUAAUACAAAAAAGUACAAUUAAUCAUACUACAAUAAUUACGUUAAAGGAAAGAUUUAAAAAAAAAGAGAGUGAAAAAAGCAGAACAUGUAUUAACAGAAUAUCAUUAAAUGAUAUAUUUCAAUUUUACAAUAGCCCGUAAAAUUUAUUAAUUAUUGAUAGAGAAAUUAAAGAGAAACAACAAGAAAAAAACUUACAUAAACAGCAACAAAAAAAAACCAGGAUAACUAAAUAAUGCAGUAGCAAUUGAAUAGUUUUUUUUAUAUUAAAUUUCGAAGUGAAAAGAAUUGCAGAAAGAACAGCCUCAUGCCAUGGGUAGAGAAUGUUGUGGCAAAUGUCGUUCCAACAAUUCGUUAUCAUUUCAAAUUUGCAGUAUAUUGAAUAAACCCCACCCCCCCAAAACCCCGAUUUAAUUUUAAACCCCCAUCACUUUCUUUUUUUUAUAUAUUUAAAAAUAAGCAUUUCAGAUAAACAAGAAAUUCCCAUAUGACCUUUAAAAAUCUCAAACCACGUACUUGACAUAUCGAUGAAAUAUUCCAGAAGAAAAGCUUCGCUAAAGACAAAACAAAUCAUUAAGGCUACAAUAGGCAGAAUUUAACUUGAUUAAUAGCUUUUUCAUUAAAUUCUACACAUUUUGCAGUGUGUUUUUUAUUGCAAAAAUAACGUACAUUUAUUCUUGUGCCAGAACACCGUUAGAAUAGGGAUUCAAAAGUAGAUAGAAACCCCCCCCACACGGCCACUUAAAACGUUUCCCCCAAAGGGCGAAUACAGAAAAAAAAGACCUAUUCGCCAUACGUCAAACUUCUGUGUAAAUUGGCAAGAAAAAAAAGGUGUAUAAGCUUAGAAACAAAACAUGUACCAAAAGUAUACUAAAUGUCUGGAUAACAAUUUUAGGUAAAUGCGCAAAUGACCUCUACUUUUUCGCUAUAAAAUACAUGUUAUUAACAAAUUGAUCGCCAUCUACUUUAAAAAAAAGCCUAUUCACUGACAGAUCUCUCCAUCAAAAAAUGGAUAUUAGGAUUUUAUCCAUCUUAAUAUAACGGUUUCAGGCAUAAAACUAUUAAGAUCGAUCGUCCUUUUACACAGACGGAAAUUUUGAAAGAAAAAAAAGGUGAAACACUUUAAUUUGAAAAAUAGUGGUUAUAUCUUAAGGACUAUAAGAGAAAAUUGUGAAAUAUGACGUACUGUUUUGAUUUCCAUAGAUAUUGUUUCUAAAAAAAAAAGACGUGAAUUUAGGAUUAAAAAUUUGUCAAUGACAGUGAUCACAUGGCAGUUGAAAUUAAAGUGAAAAUUUUUAAAUAAUCAAAAAAAAAGAAAUUUGUUGUGAUACUGGGCAUGGGUUUUCGAUCAAAUCAAAUUCUAGAAAAUAAUGGCGCUUGCACAUAUUUUCGAUUUAGUGAAUUUCAUUGAAUUUGUUGUUCGUCUUGUUUUAUCGGAUAAAUUCUAAAGUAAAAUAUUCUAAUGCAGUUGCAUAGAGUGGAGCUUGAAAACAUUCCAAUUUCUCAAAAUUCUACACUGAAAAAACAAUUACCACGAUUAUUGAGUGCAAUGGUAGCAUUACGAUUAUCGUAGUAAUACUUCCAGUGAUUAUCAUAACAAAGGCCUUAUUUUCCAACUGAAAGUUGCACAUUGCAAUGAUUGUCACUUGAAAUAAAAAAUAAAAACUAGUUCAGAUUAAACAAUUAUCAUUGUAAUAUUUAACGAUAAUCGUUGUAAAAUUCAACUUUAAGCUGAAUAUUGAACUUUUUGUUACGAUAAUCGUUGUUAUUAUUACUACAACGAUCGUAUUACUCCCAAUAUAAAAAUACAAUCUUUGUAAUUGAACCAGAGAGCUGAAAUUCUAAUUGAUAAUCGUUGUAAAAAUCAACUUUAGCUGGACAAAUUAAGUCUUCUUACGAUAAACGUUGGUUAUAUUCCUAUUCUAAUCAUAAUACUACAAAAAAGAAUCAUAAUACCAAAGAGUUGGAAUGUCAAAAGAUAAUCGUUGCAAAAUUCAACUUCCUGUUGAAAACUGAACUUUUUACAAAGAUAAUGAUUGGAAAUAUUACUAUAAUAAUCGUGUUACUCCCAUCAAACAGGAUUCGAACGGUUGGUAUGUCAAACGAUAAUCGUUAUAAAAUUUAACUUUCAUGUAAAAAAAUAAUAUUUUUCUUUCAUAAAAAAUCUUCGAAAUAUUUCUAGAAUAAUCGUGUAAUUCCCAUUAAACAUGAUUAUCAUUCUAAUUCGACGCAAAAGUUGAAACGUCAAACGAUAACCGUUGGUAAUAUUACUAUAAUAGGUAAUCGUUUUAUUCCUAAUAAACAGGAUUAUCAUGGUAAUUCAACCAAACAGUUGGAAUUUCAAAAGAUAAUCGUUGUAAAUUCAACUUUUAGCUGAAUAUUGAACAUGCUACGAUAAUCGUUGGUUGGUAAUAUUACUAUAAUAAUCGUGAUACUCACAUAAAGCACGUUUAUUGUAGUAAUACGAUCAAACAACUGGAUCGCCAAAUGAUAAUCGUUGUAAAAUUCAAUUUUUUGACUAUUGAUUUUUUAACUACGAUUAUCGUUAGUAAUUUGACAAAACAGCUGGAAUGUCAUAAGAUAAUCGUUGUAAAUUCAACAUUCAAAGCUGAAUAUUGAACUUUUUGCUACGAAAAUAAUUGGUAAUAUUCCUGUAAUAAUCGUUUUACUCCCAUUAAACAGGAUUAUCGUAGUAACACAACCAAAGCGUUGAAAUGUUAUACGAUAAUCGUUGUAAAAUUUAAUUCUCGUUUAAAAAAUUUAAUUCUCCUUUAAUAGUCAUUAUAAAUAUUUCUAUAAUAAUCGCAAUACUCACAUAAAACACGAUUAUCAUGAUAAUUCAACCAAAUAGUUGGAAUGACAAAAGAUAAUCUUUGUGAAAUUCAAUUUUCUGCCUAAGAAAUAAAAUUCUUAUCUUUAAUAAACUUUGGAAAUAUUUUUAGAAUAAUUGUGUUACUCCGAAUAAACAGGAUUGUCAUGGUAAUUGAACCAAAGUGCUGAUAUGUCAAUCGAUAAUCAUUGUAAAAUUCAACUUUUGCCUGAAAAUCAAAUUUUUCCAUAAUGAUCCCUGAAAAUAUUCCUCAAAUAAUCGUGAUACUCUCAGAAAGCACGAUUAUCGUGGUAAUUCAACCAAACAGUGGGUAUGUCAAACGAUAAUCGUUGGAAAAUUCAACUUUACCUUGAAAAAUCGAAUUUUUCUUAUGAUAAUCCUUGAAAAUAUUUCUUCAGUAAUCAUGACACUUUUAUAAACAAAAUUAUCGUUCUAAUUCAACUGUAAUGUUGAAACAUUAAACAAUAUUCUUUGUAAAAUUUAACUUUUGCCAGAAAAAUGAACUUUCCUGUGAUAAUCUUUGGAGAUAUUUCUAUAGCAAUCGUUCUACUACCAAUUAAUACAAAAUCAUUGCUAAAUGAAACUUUCGGUUGAAAAGUGAACUUUCUGCAACGAUAAUAGUUGGUAAUAUUACUAUAAGAAUUGUUUUACUCUCAGUAAACAGGAUCAUCGUAUGUAGUAAUUUAAUAAAAACGUUAAAAUUCCGAAGGAUAAUCGUUGUAAAGCUAUACUUUGAGCACAAAAAUGACCGUUCUGAAACGAUAAAUUCUAAAACGAUAAAGUUUGUUUUGCUCCCUUUUCAGACGAUUAUUGUAGUAAUUUUUUCACAGUCAGUGCUAUAGGAGAGACCACGGAAAAGCCAGGCUUAGUAUUAGACAGUGCCAGUGGAAUGUUAUAGCCUGCCUUAGAAAAAAUAUUGAGGAAAUCACUACUUAUUCGAAGUAAACACAUCCCUUGCUAUUCAUUGAAAUAUUUAUCAGCUUGGUACAAACAUUUUCUUUACAAAUUAUAUGCAAAGAAAAAUUUCAUUUGCUGGCUAAUUCUGCCCCGGUCUCCCCUACUACUACGAUUAUCAUUGCGAAUGUGUAAUUAUCAAUUUUUGGAAUGCAACUGGUUUUUGGUAUGUAACCAAUGGAAAUGAUGGGAUUACAAUAUUCUUUUUGAAUAAUCAUUCAAUUACAUGUCGAUAAUGCUUUCGAAAUUGAUAUCGAAAUGUCGAAUAUGAAUUCGAAUCUGCAAAAAAAAUCAUUGAUCAUUCCAAGUAAACCAAGUAACGAAUUUAACAAAGUUUAAAAUUGAAUUCAGUAAAUCAAAGAGGUGUGCACACAGCAUAUUCUAUUUUCUAAUGUUCGAAUUUCUAUUAAACGAAAACCUAUGUCUAUAUUUUCGAAAAAUUAACCAAUUGGCGUGAUGUUUCGGUUCAAAAUUGUGAUAUUUCGGUGAAUUCCGUAUUUGUGAUAUUUUUUUCGGAAAAGAGAAACUUUUUAAAAAUUUUGAUCUUGCAUGAAAUUUUAGGCAUACUUUCAGUGAAAGGCUAUAUGUGACCACCGUCAUUAAAAUCUAAGGCUUUUUGGGUGACAUAAAAAAACUUGUAGAAAUAUAAAAUCUGUCCGAAAUGUAUUUCUAUUUUUAUAAAUAAAUGUAUGUCUCUAUGUGAUACAUGUAAUAUCUUAUGUAUUGAGAAAUUUAAUGGAAAAAAAAGCGUUUAAAUUUCAAUUUACAUAGACGUAUAUUAAACAAAAAAAAAAAUAAAGAAACACUUGAUAAAAUGUGUCUAAUUUAGUCGAUAUCAGAGUAAAGAAAGUGACAACAUACUUCAUAUACAAGUUAAAUUCUAUCCAAGAUUGAACGUAUCAAAAUUUUGAGAAAAAAAAACCCGUGGUCCAAAAUCUCUAUUAUUGCAGAUGAAAAAAGAAUAUUUAUAUAUAUACAUACCAUUUCCUUUUCCAUCAAAAUAAUUUUUUUGCGAUUGUAUUCAUUCCAUUUUUUUCUCUAUUUUUUGAAAUGGCUUUCUUUUUGGGUAAGUUAAGAAAAUGUUUCAAAUGAAUUCCUUUUAGUAUAGAAGAAAUGUUUAAAUCUUUUUUUUUAUUUUUGGUGAAAAUCAAAGAAUAUACAUUGUAUAUGUACGCCACUGAACCUAUGAUAUUUAAUUUUUGGACUUUUUGUAUAGCUAAAAGAAAAGAUAAGAAAACAAAACAUAUAUUUGCAUUCUUUAUUGUUGGCAUUGAACAAAGGAAUAUUGAAAGGUAUAAUGAUAUGAUACAUGAUUGUAUAUUGAUACAAAAGAAAGAAGAAAAAACAAGUAAAAAAAUAUAUAAGUUUUUAGUAAAGAUACUACCUGUAGAAUAAAAUAAUUUAAUGAUAAAGAAAAAAAUACCUAGACGGUUAAGCUAAAAAAUAUUGCGCUGAUGUAUAAAAGAUGAGAAAAAUGGAAGGAAUCACUUUCUUUAAGGAAAAAAACAUAUUUUUUAAAAAUUAUGUAAAUAGAAAAUAUUGAUAGAUAAUUAAAAAUUAUACUUUUAUUGUCUUUUAUUGCUUAAAAACUUUUUUUAUAUUAAGUAGAAAAAGAGGAUUUAGUGAAAAAAAAUGAUAAAGAGAAAGAGAAAUAUUAAAGAAAUUUUUUAGGUCGAUAGGAAAAAGAUUUAAAAAAAAAAGAGAAAGGCAUUACAGUGUAAUUGGCUCUAUUGAGUUUUUAUAUAUUAUACAUAUACAUGCAAUCAUAAUAUGUACAUGAUGUAUGUAUUUUAUUAUUACAAAAACAAGAAAGAUGAAAGAAAACAAUGUUAUGGAUAUUUAUACAGGUGACAAAUUUUUAUAAAAUAAGAUGAAAAAGCGAUGGAUACAGAAAGAGAAAAGACAUUUUUUUUUAAAGAGUGAGAUAUCAGUUAAUAAAAGAACAUUUUACUUUAUGUUGUGUUUCCUUUUCGUUUUGAAUUUUUCUUUUUUUCUUUCAAAUAGAGAAAAAAAGAGAAAAAGAUAAUAAAGAAAAAUUGAAAAAUUACAGUGCGUUUAUUGAAUGCGAAAUAUUUCAUUGUAUUUUUUACAUUUUUUACAUUGUAAGACAUCAACUGUAUGUAUAAUUGUUGUUCUUUUUUUAAGUUUUUCAAUCUUUAUAACAAUUUUUUAUUACAUUUUUUCACACACAUACAAAAUUUUUCUAACCGAUUGCAUAUUAAUUAACACAAUAGCCGAUAAAACCAGAUUCAAAAAAUCCACAUGAAGGAAAUUUCUUGUUUUGUUCUUUUGCUAAAAGAAUUCCUACAAGAAUUUCACCAUAAAAUAUAGUAAAAAAAAGACGGUGUAUCGAUUAGCAAUAAAACAAAAGUUUUUCUUCACCGUGGAUUUCCAUAAUAAAAUUUUAAAAUAGUAACUCUUAAUAUUCAGAGCAAUAAAAGUCCAAGUGAUAUUGAUGGAAUUUUUCGUGGCACUUUGGCAAGUAAAAAAAGGAAAAAAAGCAAAAAAUUCCUCCACAGCAAUGCACAAAAAGAUAUCAAUCACUUUGGAUAUUUUAUUGCAAUCCAUAGUAACUACACAUCUACACUCAGAAUAAUUAUUAAAUGUUGCAGAACACUCUUAUAAAUAAAAUUACAAUAGCAGGUUAAAUGAACUUUUCAAAACCAAUUUUUCCAGUUUUUAAAAUCACCCCCACAAACAACCUCCUUCAGACAGGAAUUUCUCAUAAAUAUUUUCAUUUUAUGUUUUUUUUCUCAUAACACAUGUUAAAAGUAAAUUUAAAAAACAACCAAACCAAACAAUAAUUCUUAAAAAUGAAAUAGCAUGGAAUAAGUAAAUUAUAAUUACAGUAAAUGGUAUAACAGCUGAUGAAAUAAAAACGAUACUAUCAAAGCAAAUCACUCAUACUGGUUUUUAAUUUUAAAAUAAAAAAAAAACAAAACAACUCCUAGGACCCACACAUAACACACAAUAAUUGCAAAAGAUUUUAAGGAUUUUUAUUGUAAUUUUGCAUUGAAAUUUUCACGCCAACUGAUUGUUUUACUAAUAUUUAAGGACAAAGAAAAAUACAAGAAAUAGUUAGUACACAGAAAAUUAAAAAAAAAAAGGUAACCAGAAAGCAAAGUACAUCAUUCAACAAUAGUUUUAUAACAAUACAAACCCACCAAACUAAUCAACAGCAAACAAUAUGAAAAAUUUCCAAAAUCUAAAUGAUUGAGGGGUUAUUCUAAGCCUGGCUGAAGUGUUGAAUUAAAUAAAAAAUAAUUUCUACACUGCUUCCGGGACAUCAAUAGGGAUUAACCUCAAGGCCUUUUUGAUCUAGCAAAGUGGAAGUUUGCAAAAAUCAAAGAGAUUUAAGGUUUAUUCUUAGACUAGCUGAUGUGUUAAAUUAACCCUUUUGUAAAUUUUCAAUACAUUCCCAAACUAAUUCAGAAAGAAUUACUCCUAAACAUUUUUUAAGCCAGCAAAGAAUUAAAUUGCGAAAUCCAAAUGUUAAAGGGAUUAUUCUAAGCCUAGCUGACGUGUUAAAUUAGCCCUAUGAAUUUUCAACACAUUCCGGAACUAAUUCAGAAAGAAUUACUCCUGAACAUUUUUUAAGUCAGCAAAGAAUUAAAUUGCGAAAUCUAAAUGUUACAGGGGUUAUUCCAAGCCUAGCUGACGUGUUAAAUAAACCUCUUCUUAAAUUUUCAAGACAUUCCGGAACUAAUUCAGGAGGAAUUACUCUCAAGCAUUUUUCACUUAGCAGAGAAUUGAAUUGUAAAAUCUAAUGUUAAAGGGGUUAUUCCAAACCUAGCUGACAUGUUAAAUAAACCUUAUUAAUUUUCAACGCAUUCCGAAACUAAUUCAGGAAGAAUUACUCCUGAACAUUUUUUAAGACAGCAAAGAACUAAAUUGCGAAAUCUAAUGUAAGAGGGGUUAUUACAAGCCUAGCUGACAUGUUAAAUAAACCUUUUCUUAAAUUUUCAAAACAUUCCGGAAUUAAUUCAGGAGGAAGUACUCUCAAGCAUUUUUCACUUAGCAAAGAAUUGAAUUGUGAAAUAUUAUAUAAUGUUAGAAGGGUUAUUCCAAGCCUAGCUGAUGUUUUAAAUUAGCCCUAUGAAUUUUCAACACAUUCCGGAACUAAUUCAGAAGGAAUUACCGGAAUUACUCUCAAGCAGUUUUUGACCUAUAAAAAAAUUGAACUCCGAAAUCAAAAUAUUACAGGGGUUUUCCAAUCUAAGCAGACGUGUUAAAUUAACCCUUUCUUGAAUUUUCAAGACAGUGCGAAACUAUUUCAGAAGUUACUCUCAAACACUUUUUACUUAGCAAACAAUUCAAUCGCCAAGAUCAAAAUGAUUCAGGAGCUAUUCUAAGCCCAGCUGAGGCGUUAAGUUCCCCUACGUAAAUUUUCAAUAUUUUUUCCGGGAAUAAUUCGGGUAAAAUUGCUCUCAAACACUGUUUCUUAGAAAAUCAAUGAAUUGUGACUCCGGGAGUUCAGGAAUGAAAUGGGGCGCUUUACAACACAAACUUUCAACCCAUUCCGGAAAUAAUUUAAGCAAAACUACUCCAGAGCACUUUGUGUCACAGCAAACAAUUCAAUCGCCAAGAUUACAAUAAUUGAGGGCUUAUUCAAGCCUGGCUGACGUAUUAUAUAAACCCUUUUCUAAAUUAUCAAUACAUUCAGAAACUAGUUCAGCAAGAAUUGCUCUCAAAUACUUUUUCAUGUAAAAUAAUUACAUAGUGGAGUCAAAAUGAUUCAGGGGUUAUUCCAAGCCCAUCUGAAGUGUUAAAUGACCCUCUAUAUAAAUUUUCAACACAUUCCGGAAUUAAUUCAAGAGAAACUAAGCACUUUGUUGUGGCUCAACAAACAAUUGAAUCCGUAAGAGAACAAUGAUUGAGUCCUUAUUCUAGCCCUGGCUGACGUAUUAAGACAUUCCGGAACUAAUCGGAGCACUUUUGACUUAGCUAACAAUUCAAUCGCCAACAUCAAAAUGAUUCAGGGGUUAUUCUAAGCCUAGCUGAGAUGUUAAGUUUCCCUACAAACAUUUUCAACACGGUUUACGGAAAUUAACUUAAGAGGAAUUACACUUAAUCACUUUUUGACUUAGAAAACAGUUAAACAGCGAUAAUCAAAAUGAUUGAGGGGUAAUGCCAAACCCUGCUGAAGUGUUAAUUUAACUAAUCAGUCUAAUCAUUCCGAUAGGAUCACUCUCAAGCAUUUUUUGACUUUGGAAAUAACAUAAAGAGGUCGUAAUUUUCAAAACAGAUAAUUCCAAAACAGAAAAAACAACAACAUUCAGAAUACUCAAAUAACAAUCUAAUCACAUAAUGCAAUUGUUAGGAAAUCAAUCCAUUGAAACUUUUCAAUCAAGGAGGGUGAUUUUGAAUAAGUGAAAAAAAACGACAUUUCUCCAUUUACUUUUGCAGAACAGUUCAAGUGCAAGAAAAAUUAAGUUAAUCAAAAAAUGGGAAGAAAACAAAAGGAUUUUUAUUUAAUUAAGAAACUGGAAGAUAUUUUAAAGACAAAUUCAAAAUUUUUGAUUAAUUUUUCAAUGAAAGAAACAGAAAGAUACACUUAAAAUCUUCUAGAAAAAAAGUAACACAAUUUAUUAUACCUAUAGUUGGGACCAAAAGACAUGAUAAAAAGAUACAUCUUUCGGUAUAUUGUCUAAUUUUAAAAUUUAAAUAUUGUCGACAUUUUGAUUUAUCAAAAAAACGGACAAAUUUCGGGGAAAUUUUUACAACAAAAAAAGUUUAAAAAAAAUCAAACACGAUGUCUAAAAAAUAAAACAUUUUCCAUUUGAAAAUCAGGGCCAUUCCAUAAAUUCAAGACUUGUUUUCCUAUGAUUUUAUUAUAAAGAAAAAAGACAUUAUUUUGUUAUAAAUUUUGAGUGAUUUUUUUAUCACCGGAAAAAAAUCUGCGUAAAUAUCAUUAUAAAUAGUGUAUACAUAAAAAAAAUAUCUAUAUGGUGACUAUAUUUGCCUUUAAGUGUCACAUAUAUUUAAUAUUUAAAGAAAAAUCGUGGAUUGUUAUUAGAUAUAUUGUAAGGAAAAAAAAUUAUUAAAAAAAAUUUAACAUAUUUAAAUAUACAUAUUUAGGAACCAACAUUUAAAAGAAAAAUGAAAUUGACGUGAUUUUUUCACACAUACGUGUUAGAAAAAAAAGGUAUAAAAAAAACAUUGCAUUAUGGACGGUAAAUAUAAAAUCUAUUAAAAAAUAGAGGAAUCAAGCGAUGAAUUGAAAAUUUUUGAAAAAAAGUUCGGUACACUGAUUUUCAUUGUAAUAUUCUAUUAAGAACCUUUCUUGCUUUAAAUCGGCCAAUCAUCUUUACAACUUUACUAGUGAAAAAAUAUAAGAACUCAAUGUCUGUGGUAUGCUUCAGAGUAAAAUGAAAAUUUAAAAAAAAAUAUAGUAGAUACGAAUUAUGAUGUAUAACUAAAAAAAAUAAAUAUUUGGCUUUACUUCGUAUUAUAAAUAUAAUUUCAUCCAAAAUGUGUUAAUAUCUCAACUGUGAAGCAUAAAAGUUUUUCUUUUUUCAACUAAAAAAAAAAUAAAAUGACCUGUUCGAUGAAAGUAAAGGAAAAAUAAAAAACGGUAAAAAGACGUGUAAUGAAAUUAUUGUAAAAUUACCCCUAUUUUUGUACUCAAAACUUUCACCGAAAAAGAAAUAUUGAAAUGAGAGUAAAAAUGGAAAAAAAAGAAAUCAAAGUAUUUAUGUAAUUGCUAAAAGAAAUUGUAAUAUAUUAUAUAAAUAAUUAAAUUGUUUGAUAUGAAUGACGUGGCCGAUAUUUAAAUAUUGUUUUCUCCUUUUUGUAUUUUUCAAAGAAAGAACUGAAAGUGAGAGGAUAGAAAAGGAAAUAAAAACAACUAAAGAGACACUCAAAGUGAAAACUAUGAAAAAAAACAUUUGCUUUGUGGGAUUGUUAUAAACAUUUGACGAAUGGUUUCUUCCAAAAAAAAAACAGCUAAUGUAUAAAAUCAUAGGAAGAAAGUAAAGUAAAGAAAAAAAUAGAAUAAAUAUUACAUAAAAACAUGUAAUACAAUGUCUUGAUAUGAGAAAGAAAAAGAUAGAAAAUAAAAUAAAAAUAUUAAAAAAAACAAAUCUUAUAAGAUAAAUAAAUUAUUAAACAUUAAAACAAAAAAAAAACAGAACAUAUUGUAAUAUAUUUAUAAUGUGAAUUUGGAAUAACCAGUAUUUAUUAUACUGUAUCAAAUAAAAAGAAAUUGAAAAUA